AUGCAUAACCUCUUCAUCCUCACAUUUCUCAUCAUGUUCCUCUCUUGCACUAAACACUCCUCCGCCUUGCGCGGAGGUUGGAAGCCGAUUCCUGAUGUCACCGACCCUACGGUGGUCAGUAUCGGCAAGUUCGCCAUCGAUGAGCACGACAAGGAAUCCCAUGCAUCUCUCAAAUUUGAAAAAGUCAUCAAAGGAGAUCAACAAUUGGUGGCCGGAAUGAACUACAACCUGACCAUCACGGCGGCUGACUGUGGCGCCGACAAGAAUUAUGUGGCUCUUGUUUGGGAUAAACCGUGGGAGAAGUUCAGGAAGCUAGUGUCGUUUAAAGGACCAGUUUGA